AUGUUGUUAAAAGACUCCACACCUGGCGUGGAACCACCGGGCGAUGUAGUGCCGACCUGCACAUUACCCUGUGCCUUUUACUCCUACGAGACGGACCGUUCAACAUCAACGUGGCCAACAAAGUCCUGGCAGCUCACGUGGCUAAAUACUGACGUGGGACGCACCAUUUUGGAGAUGCCCGAGAUGGUCGAAUAUCGUCGGGCUGUGGAGAUGUUGAGCCAACCCAACGGCGACACUGGGGCCAACAAACGUGAAGUACUACGAAUCCUUGAACAGAAUAACGCUGUGGAAAGGAAUCUCCUUGCUAUCAUCGUAGUUAGACCCAAUUUUAAUCUACAUAAGGUGAGAGGACGUCAUCUAAUCAGCUCGGAAAAUGCUCACUAG